AUAGUUGGAAGACCCCCGUCUUCCCUCUUUUUUCUGCUCAUGUUUCUCCAAAUACAAAAUCUCCCUGGCACAUCACUGGCUUCCAUUUUCGCCUUAGUAUUAAGCUGACAAGGUUAGAAUAUACCAUUACUGUUUCUCAAGAUUUUUUCCUUCCUAAUGCACUCUCUGAUCAAUGGACGAUGAUCAUGCGGUCUUCUCUACUGCUUUCUGAAGACACAAGUGUUUAAGAGUGGAGAUUUGGGGGGAGAGAGAAAAUGAGUGUUUCUUUGACUGUGAUGACUUUCAAUCUUCAUGAAGAUCAACCGGAAGAUAGCCCGAAUUCAUGGGAGAAGAGGAGGGAUUUGUGUCUCAGUGUCAUCACCAGCUUCCCUAUCAUCCUCUGUACUCAACAAGGCGUAAAAUCACAACUGGAUUUUCUUCAGCAGGGUUUGCCAGGUUAUAAUCAGUUUGGAAUAUCAAGAAAAGGAUCCCAAGAUAUUUCUGAUGAACAUUGCACAAUCUUCUAUGACAAGGAAAAGGUAGAGCUGAUAGAGGGUGGAACUUUUUGGUUGUCGGAGUCUCCUUCUGUCCCUGGAAGCACAGCAUGGGGUUCUGUAGUUCCAUGUAUUGCAACAUGGGCGACAUUUCAACUAAAAGGAGUUGAGCCACCAGGUUUCUCAUUUCAGAUAGUGAAUACAAACAUGGAUGAAUUUAGUCCUCGUGCCCGUAGACGAAGUGCUUUACUCACAUGGCAACACAUUGCUUCCUUACCUCCUAGCUUGCCUGUUGUAUAUUGCGGAGGAUUCAACGCCCAAAAGGAAUCAACCACGGGCCGCUUUCUACUUGGAAGAUCAAGGGAACACGGUGUGAUAGGAGACAUGAGGGAUGCAUGGCCCAGUGCACGAGUGAGGAAAAACGUUUCCCUAAUACGCACUUAUCAUGGAUUUAAAGGUGACAAGCAGGGAGCCAUUGAAUUUUUAAAAUUGAUUCUCAGAGCACUCUGCCUCUGCUGGGACCGUCAGACGCAGGAUCUACACGUAGAUUGGGUUCUUUUCAGAGGCAGAUCUCUGAUUCCCGUUUUGUGUGAAGUUGUGAGUGAUAACAUUGAUGGGUUCUAUCCUUCCUCUCAUUAUCCUCUAUUUGCCGAGUUUAUGCUUCCUCGCACAGUGAGAAUGCUCGAACCACCUAGUCACACACAAGAGGAAAACUAGCAUGCCGAUUUUUGUUCACCCUCUUCUUGUUUUCCCUUCUUGAAAGUUUUGGGUAUAUUUGCUUGGUGGUUUAAUUGUUGUUUGUGGGAAUGGCUGUUAGGCAGGAGGAUCCUUCGCCUGGGAAGAAGGUUUUCAUUCCUCAGCAUAUAAAAAGCCGAUUACAAAAAAGAAUAGAGGCAUUUAAAAACCGAUACCCAUUUGUUUUAAACUUACUGCAUUUGGAAUUUAUUUUGUCAUGGCUAUUUCCCAAUAAGGUUUUUGUGUAAAAGGGAAAUAUCUGCUUGCAAUAAUGUUUUCGUGAUUGGUGAUCCGUUGGUUUUGAUUAGAGAAAGGAGAAGGUGGGAGAGUGAGUGGCAAAAGAGUAUUUUUUGCCUGUUGUGACAUCAAAACAGAUUACUGAUUGGUAAGAAACUACUCUGUAAUCCACCAUGUGAUUUUUGAUUUUGUUGCUCGGAUGAUAAUGGUAAAAGUUUGUGCUUUACAUUUUCAAGAUCAGUAGUAUUUUAGCAGCUCUGUAUCAAAUUCUAUCAAUCGAAUCACUUUUUCAAGAAGAAUGCAGGUGGAAUUCUUAGA